AUGUUUAAACUGGUAGUGUUGUCCUCCGUGCUGGCCCUAGUAGCCGCGUCACCCAGUACCAUUGGUCUAGGUUUGGGUGGUUUGGGUUUGGCAGGGUUGGCUGGCCCGAUUGCUGCUCCGUUAGCUGCUCCAAUUGCUGCCUCGUUAGCUGCACCGAUUGCUACCCCGUUGGCUGCUCCGAUUACCGCUCCUUGGGGAACUGUAACAGCUCACGGUGUGGCUGUGGCCCCCGCCAUUGCUGCUGUGCCCGUUCUUGGACAUGGGAUCAACUACAGGGGCCCAUUGUCUUUAGCACCUGGACAGCCCGCCAACAUCCUUGCCGCCGACGGUAGACCACUUGACACUCUCAGCGUGAACUUGGAUCGUGCUGCUCACCUCACUGCACGGGCUGUGAAUGGUGGUCACUUAUUGAGGAAGAGGUCCGCGCCCUUAUUGGCUCCCGCCCUCCCCGCUGUCCACGCUGCUUGGCCUGCUGCUGCCAUUUGGCCCGCCGCUCGAGUUGGCUUGAGUGCACCUAUCGGCGCUCCUUGGGGCGUUGGUGCCAUAGGCCAUGCUGGGCUUAUCGGCCACCUUGGUUAA